GAACUAUACAUAGUAAACACCGAACAAUCUACCGUUUUUAAAAACUAUAUAUACGACAUAAAUCGAUCAUUCAGUCUCCAGAGUGUCUCUAGUACAUACACAGUUAGAGUGCAGUGUGUAUGACUAUGUCGACGUACAAGAGCUAUUCCAGCGUUCCAGUGCAACCGGCCAACGGUGACCGUGUGCCUGUAAUUUUAUACGCAAGCUUUCCUCCUCCUCGCAAGGAAUUCAACGUCUGGAAGUUCGCCUUCCUGGUCGUGCUGGCGACGUUUGUGUCAUACACACUACUCAACUGCAUCGCCGAGGAUGAAGAUCAGUACUUAAGAGAGCAAGAAGAGGCUCUAUCACAAGGAGGUGCGUUUGGCAGGGGCCGGUCGUCUCUGUUGAGUUACCGAGGUGGUGUUUUCGAUGUGAUCUUUGGCACGAAUGGUGAGAAUGGCGCCAACGGUGUUGAGGACGAUAGCGUCGAUGUUAGUGAACACUGGUUCACUGAGCAGGUCGAUGACCACUUUGCGGCCGAUGUGGCACGUAAGCACUGGGAACAGAAGUACUACGUCAAUAACGGGUCUAUUGAGGGCAAGCAAAUCAAGCAUGCGUUCCUGUAUAUCUGCGGCGAGGGCCCCUGCACGCCAAGCUCUAUUGGCAAUCAGUUGUUCAUGCAUGACCUGGCUACUCAGCAAAACGCCCUGAUCGUCUCUCUGGAACACCGUUUCUACGGAGAAUCCUACCCCACCAAGGACAUGAGUCUGGAGAGCCUUCGCCUGCUGUCAAGUCAACAGGUGUGUGGGUUAGUGGGUUGGGUGCAUGUGCUGGAUAUGAGCGUAGCUGCCAGUUGACAUGU